CCAUUUCUGCCUUCGCGUCGCCUCCCAUCGUCCUUUCCCUGCUUCUCAUUGUAGUUAUACAUAGCGGCAUAGAGCAUGAGCACAACCGCCAUCCGCUCCCUCUCGUCGCGAGCAGGAGGCGCUCUUUCACGAAAUCUUCCCGCAACGCCUUCUCCAUCACAAUAUGGCCGCACGGCUGCAUACCGACGGAUAGGAAGCCAGCUCAGAAAAUAUAGCGAAGCAUCAGCACGCCGGCGACGAGAUGGCACUUCCGCCAUAUUACUACCCUUGGCGCUGCGAUCACAUUUUUUGCCAUCCACUAUAUCGUCAUCGCCUGCUACUUCUGUACGACAUGUGAGCUUCCGAGAGAUGCGUGAGCAGCGCGCAAAGGAGAAAGCCGCGGGUGGACAGCAGGCAGAAGCAGAAGAACAGCCCGCUGCAGCCAAAGCGCAAUCCCAGGCCGAACCGGAGCCAGAGGCAAAGAAGCCAGACGCCGAGCGAUCAGCUGCUGACGAGGCCUUUGCCCAGUUCAAGGCCCAGGCUGAUAAGGAGUGGGCUCAGCGGCAGAAGGAAGCCGCCGAAGGAGAAGAGGCAAAGGGGAAGACUGAAGGCGAGGAGGGCGCUGGCGCCGAGGGAGAGCAGAAGGGUGAGAAGAAGGAAAAGGCUCCUCCGCCACCACACGGCACCAAGACACCAUGGCAAGUCUUCACCGAGACUCUUCAGACGGAGUUUAAAGCCAGCAAGGAAUGGAAUGAGAGUACCAAGCAACUCGGUGGUACCAUUCACGAUUUUACCCAGAAUCCAAAUGUGCAAAAGGCACGAAGCGCAUAUACAAAGGCUGCUGAGGCCGCGAGUACGACUACCGGCAAAGUGAUUAUGGGAACGGCCGGUGCAAUUGGUAAGAGUGCCGCCUGGACCUGGGACACUCCAGUCGCAAAGGUGAUUCGAAAAGGUGCCUCUGCUGUAGGAAGUGGAGUAGAAAAGGCAACACGGCCAGUGAGAGAGACCAAGGCAUACAAGGACGUGAAAGACACCAUCGACGAUGGAGCUUCUUCAAGAUAUGGUGGUUGGACCGAGAAGGAGGAGCGGAAGCGGAAACGUGAAGAGAUGGAUGCAAAGCGAGGAUUCAACCCAAACAAAGUGUCUGAAGUGUUCGAGGAAGACCCCAAUGCGGGCACCAACGUUACAGUGCACAAGGAUGCUGCAUGGAAAGAGGCUUGGAAGGAUUUCAAGGACAACAGCAAGGUCAUGCAACGCGUCUUCGGUAUGGGAGCUGUAUAUCGCGAGUCGGAAAAUCCAUUGAUCAGCACCGCGAGAAGCGUAUCGGAUCGCAUUGCAGGCUUCUUUGCGGAAAACGAGACUGCCAUGGUCAUCAAGAAAUUCCGAGAAAUGGACCCCAACUUCCAACUGGAACCUUUCUUGAAUGAGAUGCGAACAUAUAUUCUACCGGAAGUCCUCGAGGCGUAUGUUAAGGGUGAUGUCGAGACCCUCAAACUUUGGCUAUCGGCAGCUCAAUUCCAGGUCUACCACGCGCUCAUGCAGCAGUACACCACGGCUGGCCUUAAGUCUGACGGCAAAAUUCUUGACAUCAGAGGUGUUGAUAUCCUUUCCGCGCGAAUGCUGGAUCCUGGUGAGAUUCCGGUAUUCGUCCUCAUGUGCCGAACACAAGAGAUUCACGUAUACAGGAACGCCAAAAGUGGAGAGCUGGCUGCCGGUAUGGAGGACAAGGUCCAACAAGUCACAUAUGCCAUUGGUGUGACGAGAAUACCGGAAGAGGUGAACAACCCAGAGACCAGAGGAUGGAGGUUUAUCGAGAUGCAGAAGAGCGCCAGAGAUUAUGUCUGAGCUCUGAUUCGGCUGAGUCAGUGUCUUCUUCUUUCCAACCAGCGAUACAGUUUCGGUUACUACUACGAUGGAGAUUUCGUUAAAUUCCUGGACUACGCUUCAUGCGUGGGAUGCCUCUCCUCAACCAGCGAGCUCUAUAUCGCUUCACUGCCAGCUUCUGUGCAUAAUAGACGGAGUUCUGGAGAACAAAAUCGGCUUCUUUUUGCGGCGGAUGUGUGAUCAAACAUGUACAGCAUUAGCAUUUAGAAAGCGAUCAUGGCGUCAAGCAUCGCGAUUUCGGACAACGAUCACUACAGAUGCGGGCCAGCCUCAAGUGAUGGGCAGUGCUGGCUCGUGUUGAUAUCAACUUCGACUCCACUCUUGUAGUUACUACACCAGUUAUAUAAAUUCGAGAACUCGGAAUCAUGACCUGU